GUAAAGGUUAAAGUUAACUAACUCCAAAUAAUAGUGUUGUCACAUGAUCUUAGCACAUCUGUUUUAUUAGGACGAAAUAUACUUGUCAGACCUGAUUAGUUCCUCAAGUGGUACUGUUGUUGGUUAUCCAAAACGAUGGAAAGAGGAAACGAUUAUGAGAAAAUUGUAACUGAUGAUUGUCUUGGACUACCCAUGCUGCCGAAUAUGCAACUAGAACACGUGAAAUCCAUAUCAACCAUGAAACCAAGAGCAGAAGACAUUUUUGUUGUAACCUAUCCACGCAGCGGUACAACGUGGAUGACAUAUAUUGUUUGGGAAAUACUCCACAAUGGAGAACCUCUUCCAGCUGCUGAUGACAUGGUGCACCGCCUUGCUCCAUUUUUAGACAUUGUAGGUGUUGAAGGGGUUGAAUAUCUGGAACCUCCUCGUGUGAUGAGAAUACAUUUGCCUUAUCAUCUUGCCCCAGUCAGUUUAAAAGCCAAAUACAUCUACGUGACUAGGAAUCCUUAUGACUGUUGUGUUUCUCUUUAUCACUUUGCUCAGAAUAUGAAGUCAAUUUACAAAUUUGACGGGAACUUUGACGAUUUUUUUGAGAACUUUUACAGAGGAAAUAUCCCCUACGGCGAUUACUUUGACCAUUUACUUUCAUGGUUUGAACAUCGACGCGACCCAAAUGUGUUUUUUGUAAGUUAUGAAGAUAUGAAAAUUAAUCACGAGGCUGUUGUCUGUGAAGUUGCUGACUUCCUCGAAACACCUGUGAAACACGAUAAAAAACUGGUGGACAAAAUUGUAAAGAAUACGGAAUUUUCUAGCUUGAAAUCUGCCCACAAAGUCAAUAUAUCCAAACUUUUACUGAGAGAGGAGUCAGAAAAGAAAGAAAUAUCAUUAAAUUACUUCAGAAAGGGAGAAGUUGGAGACUGGAAGAACUUCUUUAACCAAGAACAGAAACGACUACUGGAUGAAAUGGUAGCCCAAAGACUGAAUGCUAUAGACAUCACAACGUUGUGGCAUGGUGCCAUGUGAAGUCGUAUACGCCAUCAAGUGUUAAGUACGUAUAAAUAUUCCAGCUAUGCCUUGUUUCUAUAUUAUUUGUGUCCUCUUAAAUUAGGUCUCAAACUUAAAACACACUGAACUGUUGAAAGUUUCAGAGAAGAGCUCCCAAGUUAUUUAUAGAGACUAUGAUAACAAAUGAUGUCAAAUGGUUAAAAAAAGCGCUUUCUAUAUCCGAGAUUUUCAUUUAAAGCAAACCUAUUAGCUUAGUUUUAAUUCACUUUCUUAAUCAAUUCGCAAAUAAGUCUUAAAGAUGGGCUU